AUGGAGAGAAGGGCAGACAAAAAGAAUGAAGAUGUUGGGUGGACCAGCGAUUACACCGAGCGGGCGUUGGCCGGCAGCCACCCCUACGCGCCGGUGGGUUCGGGCGAGGGUGAAGAGGAAGUGGAGUAUCAGGUCACGGCCUGGCGGUGGUGGGUGCUCUUCGUGUUCUCGUUCGCGUCGUUUCUGCAGUCGCUCGUGUGGUUCACCUUCUCCUCCGUGCCCAAGGUCGCCAAAGAGUACUAUCCAGGCGUGGACGAGGGCACGAUCGAUCUGUUGUUGAACUGGGGUGCCAUCGUCUUCAUCCCGGUGCUGCCCUACGUGUCGUGGCUCCAAACGCGGCGCAACGGCCUCCUCAUCGCCUUCUGGCAGGGCAAUGCGCUGGUCUUCCUGGCGACGGUAAUCCGCACGAUCCCGUGCUGGGCGCCGGCCCAUUUGCGCGGCAACUUCUACAUGCAGUGGACCUUGCACGUCGGCCAGAUCCUCAACGCGGCCGCUGGCCCCAUCGUGAUGGCCCUGUGCAGUAAGCUCUCUGCGGUCUGGUUUCCGGACAACCAAAGGGCCACAGCCACAGCCAUCGCCUACACAGCCAACGCAUUGGGCACCUCCAUCGGCUUUCUCAUCGGGCCAGGUAUCGCUCCGACUCCCGAUAAGCUGCCUACGCUGCUCUACGUGCAGAUCGGCAUGGCCGCGUUGCCCAUCAUCGGCGGCAUCAUCUACUACCGGGAGCGGCCCAAGCACCCACCGAGCGCGGUGGCGUUGGCCCACAUCGAAGGGCGCUACGAGUCGAGCUUCUUCAAGGGGAUGAAGGACUCGCUCGUCAACGUCUCCUUCAUGCUGGUCAUCCUCGCCGGCGGUAUCCAAGCCGGCGUCACCAACGGCUGGCAGGGCGUUCUCCCGCAGGCGCUGGAAGACCUCCACUACACCGAGUCUCAGGCCGGUUGGCUUGGCUUCGGUGGCAGCAUUGCUGGCAUUGUGGGCGGCGUGGUUAUCGGCCCUAUCAUGGAUCGAUACUUCCAGCAAAAGUGCAAGCUGCUGCUCCUCCUCCUGUUCGGAGCCGGUGCGAUCGCCUUCACGUGGCUCACCCUCAGCCUCCCCACUCCUUUCUUCGCAAGGCCUACAAACACUGGUAAAUGUGGUCUCACCAUACGCACGUGUCAGGUGGUGUUCGUGAACGAGCGAUACAAGCGAUGGGAGGCCGAAAUGGCGAUCUAUCACGAGAAGCCACAGCUCUCCCACCCUCCACCUCCCCUCGGCCUCAACGUCCAGGAAUGA